CUCAGUCGGUCACAUCACUCACCCUUCUAGUUUGAAUCAACAUGAAGUUCCGGUUCGUGGCUGGCGUCCUGUUGGGAGCCGCCGCUGUCGAUGCCUUCAAGCCGGCUGAAUACUCGUAUGAAUCUUCUGAGGCCGAUGAAAUCGAAAUUGCCAAGCAGUCAACUGGGAUAGUCAAAUACCAGUCACCGCCUCCCGACUCCCACCUCAUCCCCAAGACCAACUCUGAGAAUUCCGAUGAGAACUGGGAAGUUGUUUGUUCCAGUCAGAAGAAAGCCUACCAGUGCGAAUAUGCCAUCGACGACCGCAUGGACCGAUACUGGCAUAGCGAUUCCAGCACGGACGAGCCAUCAUGGAUCCAUAUCGAUCUGCAGAAGGAGUACUAUGUCUCCGGCUUGACAAUGCUGCCGCGCCUGGACGGUGACGGCAGCGAGGGCCAAAUUGGAGAGCACCGCAUCCAUCUGUCGCCCGACGGACUGAAUUGGACCGAGGUCGCCUAUGGAACCUGGGGAUCCAACAGAAGUCCUAAGAUGUCUGCCUUUGUUCCAACUCUGGCCCGUUUUGUCAAGCUCACUGCCGAGACUGCGUCUCACCCUCACUCGCAAACAAGGAAUGGGCCUAUUUCGAUUGUUAACAUGGCCGUGUACGCCUAUAACGAAGACACUUUCCCUGAAGCCAAGCCCAGCAAGGGUGGCGUUUGGGGUCCCACGCUGGAUCUUCCCAUUGUUCCCGUCUCUGCAGCGGUUGAGCAGCAUGGAAACAUCAUCAUGUGGUCUGCCUGGGCGGAUGAUCAGUUCUUCGCCUCCCCCGGUGGCAAGACCCUGACGACCACGAUGAACCGUAGUGGCAUCAUCACUCAAAGCGAAGUGUCCGAGACUAAGCACGACAUGUUCUGCCCGGGAACCUCCAUGGACAUUGAUGGCAACAUUGUGGUCAGUGGUGGCGCCGACUCCGGUCGCACCAGUGUGUACAAUGGCACCGCAUGGCUGAAGGGCCCUGCGAUGCAGACUCGCCGCGGCUAUCAGUCCUCCACCACCCUGUCGGACGGCCGUAUCUUCGUGAUCGGCGGUUCUUGGAGUGGAGGCGACAAGGUCGAGAAGAAUGGCGAGGUGUACUACCCCGGACCCAAUGCCCACUGGGAAAUGCGGAGUAACGCCAAGGUCGCCCCAAUGAUGACCGAUGACCGUCUCGGAGCCUGGCGCGCUGACAAUCAUGGUUGGCUGUUCGGCUGGAAGAAGGCCAGUGUCUUCCAGGCCGGUCCCAGUGUGAUGAUGCAUUGGUAUGACGUGGAUGCGAAGGAUCGCAAGGGUCGCGUCCGCGGCUCUUGGCAAGAAGCCGGUGAGCGUGGCGAGGACCAUGACUCGAUGUCUGGCAGUGCUGUCAUGUACGAUGCUACCAGGGGCAAGGUCCUCACCUUCGGCGGCCAGCGUCACUACGACGGCUCCUAUGGGUCCAAGAACGCCCAUAUCAUCACACUGGGAGAUCCCUAUCAGGAACCCAAGGUUGAAGUGGCCGGUAAGGGCCCCAAGGGGGAGCUCGAGGGUGGGAUGCACUACAAGCGUGUUUUCCAUACUUCGGUCGUUCUGCCCGAUGGCAAGGUCUUCAUUACUGGUGGUCAGAGUUGGGGCAAGCCUUUCCAUGAGGGGGACAUCAACUUCACCCCAGAACUUUACGAUCCUACCACCGAUACCUUCACCGAGCUUACCCGCAACAACAUCAAGCGUGUGUACCACAGCAUCUCAAUGCUGCUACCGGACGGAAGGGUGCUGAACGGUGGCGGUGGUCUCUGUGGUAAUUGCACUGCCAACCACUACGAUGCCGAAAUCUACUCUCCCCCGUACCUAUUCACUCCCAACGGUGCGGAGGCCCGGCGACCGCAGAUCAUCAGUAUCCCCGACGGUUUUCGGGUCACCGUUGGUGAGCAGAUCAAAAUCAAGACCGAUGAUUUCAUUGAGUCUGCCUCUUUGGUUCGUGUCGGAACCACAACACACACUGUCAACACCGACCAGCGUCGCAUUCCCCUCGACACUCUCAAGUCAGUGGGUCACCUUCAAUACAGUGCCAAGCUCCCCGACGAUGCAGGUAUCAUUCUCCCCGGGUGGUAUAUGUUGUUUGUCAUGGAUGCCAAGGGCACUCCUAGCGUUGCUAAGAUGGUCAAGGUUGAACUUCCAUCUACACCCAGCUAUGAAGCCAAUGUAAUCCCAGUGGAAGAAGAGGAUGGUGAACAGCGUUCUGGUCACAGUCAUGUUGGAGUGACUGUUGACUGCGAUGACGAUGAUGAGGUCAUGGGCAUCAUGUCCAUCAUGUUUGCUUCGGCAAGCAAGUUCUGGCGAAACUGGAGAGCUGCUCUAGUCUCCCAGCCUUAAGGGGUACAUGAGAUAGUAAAUUGUUGAUGGAAGCCUCCCAUGUACUAUAUAGCAUGAGAAAUGUCACAGC